AUGCCGUCGGAACGCGACUACCAGAUCUCUCCCAUUGUGCAGGAAUCGGUGAUGCACAACACAAAGGUGCUGUCGAACCUGCAAAGUCUGACGGCGUCUCUCUUCGGUGUCGCUGCCGGCAUCCUUGGUCUCGAAUCAUACAACGGCUUCCUGUUCUAUUUCCUCUUCUCCUUCCUGACCGUCGCCUUGUUCUACAUUUUCCGAAUCGCCCCCGAAUCUACAUCGGCAGGAUUGCCGUUUCUUGACACGAGCCGCUACUUCAAGGGACCGUUGGACGUAUGGACUAGUGGACUGUUUGGUGGGCUACCUGGCUUCAUCCUCACCUGGACCUUAUUCUACGGCAUCGUGAGGGCGUAG